CCACCACCCUCUCUUGCACCGCACAUGACGCUCACCGCCCUCACAACGCACCGCCGCCUCCCACGCCGCCCCGUCUGCCCGCGGGAGUCGAGCUAGGCAUCGAAUUCAGUCCACACGUAGACACGACACACUGACAUACACACGUACUUCGCGUUUGCCGCACCUUCAGCCAUGGCUGCCGCGUCGGGCGACAUGGAGAGUUGGGACGACGAUGUGGACUUCCAAGGCGACUUCCAGGCCUUUGCGGGACAAAGCACAGGGACGGCCCACAGCAUGUCAUCGCGAUUGAGUGUCCACUCCGAGUCCGUCGCAGGCGAUGAGGACUGGAACGUCGUGAUACAGCCCGACAAUGAGCAGAGCAUCGAUCAGGCAAUUCUAUCGGCAAAACAAGCCGGUAUCCCACUUCCCGCCAAUGUUCCCACCAGCGCCCUGCUCGGAGGCACCAUCAAACGACUGGGCAAGAAGACGUCGAAACAACGAGUGGGAGACGACUGGGAUCAGGAUUUGGAGAUGUCUGACGUACCUCUGAAGCUGAAGCCGCGAUUGGAAGAUGCGGCUGUAUUCACGGGAGAAGAGAUGGAUGAUUUCGAUGACCUGGAAGGAAGCCUAGGCAUACGAUUCGCUGGUACCAGGCGCGAUGUGAGGGAUCGGAGCGAGUCAGCAUCAAUGAUCAGCCCGAGUCUUGGAUCUGUGACUGCAGAGAGCGAAGCCGACGACUUGGGGGGACUCGAGCUGCCCGAUGGACCUAUCGACCUGGAUGCUCUGUUGAAGAAGAGACGAGCUACAGAAGCCGAAUUGUCGGAUCUCUCCCAGCCCAACUCUGCAAUCAUCGAGCAAAAAGCAACCAUGGACAAUCACAACAUCCACAAGAAGUCGAAGCUGGUCCCUGACGAGAGUGACGACUUUCUUGACGACUUUGAUCUCGCCAGUGGUGACAUUCUGGACGUGCGGAAACGCACCAACAAGAAUGUACAAGUCAAGAGCACCCGCCCGAUGCACGCACCCCAUCGAUCGGCCACGACCAUCAAUUUCCACGACAAGCCCACUGACAAACCAGUACAUGUGUUCAAUCGCUCACAUAUUCCACGUCCAGUCUCGGGUACUAAGCAGACCACGAGAUUGGAGCCUGUCUUUGAAAGCGGCGCACCGCAGGCCGUCCGAGAGCGUCGCCAGCCCGCGGCUUCUAAUGCCUCUUCGCAACUUCUUCGUACUAAGCGUUCGAUGCCAGUCCUACGGCACAAGCCCAGCGCCGGCACUUUCGUAAAGCCUCCGGCCCCGUUUGCGCCGUCUGGCGCCUCCAACUAUGCCGCCCAACAGCGAGCCAUGCCGUAUCACAUGAGGCGAGACUCUGAUCCACAUAGUCGACACGGGGCACAUUCGCCACCGCCUCGACCACAUUCUCGACUCUCAAAUCAGGUCGCCCCAGACACACCGUCUCGCCAAUCUCGGAAUAGGGAGAACAUGGCUCCAGCAUCGCUUGCGAGGGAAGCAGCAUCGAAACGAACACUGACCAAGCCGGCUAAGAAACGAAAUUUUGGAGACGGCUCUGAACUUGAAAUCUUCGACGACCUACCAACUUCCAGCACCAAGGAGAGCAAAUUCGUUAAGCAACCCAUCGCUCGCGGGCCACCCAAACAGAGCAUACGCCGGACGCAGAGUCGAAGUGAAUUUCGCUUCCCUGCCAGACCACUUACAACCGUCUCGGAUCGCAUGGUGACGCCAGCGCCACAGACGCCAUCAAGCCCUGGCAAGGGGUUUCAAGACAUUCAACAGUCCACACCGAGCUACCUGCGUGAUACCGCAGCAAGUAGGAUUGCCAGGGAAUCCCGAAUUGGACAUAACCCUCGUGCACGCAGCGAAGGUCCUCUUCAGCCACUCACCACGAAUUGGAAAGCUCAGGUCGCCGCCCGAAGUCCGUUCAGCAGCCCUAGUGCUCAACGACAGAAGAGCACAAAACGGCCUGGGCUCAUCUCGGGCAUAGGCUCGCACAUACCAAAAUGCGAAAAAGGCAUGAUCUACAACCCGCAGACUUUACGCUGGGAAGGGAAUGAGAAUACACUAUCCCAAUUCGACCUCCCUCCUCCGGAAACGCCCACACCUACAUCACACGAGCGUGCGACCUCCUACAUGGACGCUGGCCACGGACUGUCAUCCUCGCCCUCUCGACCAGCUCUAAUUGCCCACGUUCCAACCAGUAGCGGCCACAACGUCCAGGUCCAGAACGGCAUGGUUUACGAUCCUCAGCAAAUGAAAUGGCUCAAAUUCAAAGGCGGCCGAGAUGUGUCAGGUCAACUCUCACCGACUCCGACCGACGACGAGGAAGAUGCGUUCGCCGGUAUUGACGAUCUUCGAGACGAGAACACUCCGGUUGCCAUGGUGUCUGGAUCGGGUGAGUUCCUGGCAAGUCCUGGCUCCGGCAACGCCCCUGGAGUAGGCGAAGUCCACGAAGAAUUUGAUCUCGGACCACGGUUCAUCAAACUGCAGGAGCUGGAAGAAGUUGCAUGGCGAAAGAAAUACCCUGCUAGGUCAUUGAUUGUUUUGAAAAGGAGUUCCGGGCGACAGCAUGCCAAGUCCUGCCGGUCGACCUUGGCGAUUGCAAGUAGGCAGUGGUCCGCUCCACGCCUCCUCUGUGCCUGGCCAUUGGGCGACUCGCAGGACCGCACGCGGUGGUUCAAGCGAGGGUCUGCUGCAUGCGCUGCGGUGCUUGUUUCGUGGAACUCCGACGGCCAUCCAGGUCCGCAUCUAGGGACAUCAAGGUUGCUGCUCUACCUCACCUCCUCUUUCUUUAUUCGCUGGAUCUUCGUCGCCAUGCGUGCUACCUGUUACUCAGCUGCCGUCGUAGCAGCUCUGCUAUCGCUCGCUUCCGCGCAGACUUUCCAGCGUCAUGGAACAUGUCCUACCCUGGGUUGUGUAACGCCGCCAGAUCAGCAGGAUUUCCUUGCCGGACAGUACUUCGACAUUCGCGCUGAGGUCCACGCGCCAGUCAAUGGCUCCGAGGCCACAAACGGCGUGCCAGAUGCGGACUUCACUUUCACCAUUGGCAAGGUCAAUGGCGAGACCAAGUCCAUGAGCGAGUUCUUCUCGAUCCAGGAGCCUGUCAUUGAGAACUGGAACUUCACAUGGUUCGAAGAUCUUUUCGCCGAGAAGGCGAAGAAGCCGUCUGUUGUCAAUGUUGCAUCCAAAGCAUGGCGCCGAGUGGCUCUGUACGAACCUGGCGACUACGAGGUCACUCUCAACUACAACAACACCAAGACAGUUGCAUACUGGCACGUCCGCGAUAUCGAGCAGACGAUCAACGGAAAGUACAUCAGUACUAUGGCUCUGGACAAGUUCAGGACCCUUGGUCAUCAGAUGACACACUCCCUGGAUUCCUUCAUUACCGACUCGGCCAACUCAGCUACCGCUCUGUACACUGGCCACAAGUCGACUGUCAAUGCUCUUGUAACAACGCUUGCUGCGUUGCGUUUUCACGUCGGAUGUUGA